CUUAUGAUUAUAUUUUUGAUUCUGAUAAAUUGCGAUUGAACGAAUACUUGCUGCUAUGUCACCUCAGGCCAGAAGUCGCCGUCCCCGCCGGUCCGGCGGAGGCGAGACUUUGAGGAACAUGUGAAGUCGCCGCAUCCAAAAUGUCUCCACGGCGCGUAAUGCCCACAGGAUGAGCAUCCAGACCCUUAGAAAGAUGGAUUUGGAAGAAGUGUGAGCUGAAUAUUGAAUUAGAUUGGUCUGGUCCGCAAAGAUGAAUAGCUUCGAGCUGGCGCCAAAUGUCGCGUUCACAUUAGUUGUUGUUGUAGGUAGAGUUCGUGGAGAAUAAUCCCCGCUGAUUUUUGGUAGGUUAUUCUAUUCUAUGCUGGAACUGCUUUAUACAAUAUCACGCUUCACCCCCUAGCAGGUUUUCCCGGGCCAGUCCAUUAUGGAGCUUCAAUUUUACCUUCAUACUACGACUUGUGCUGUGGAAAUUCAGCAUCCAGAACGCUGGAGCUGCACGAAAAGUACGGACCUGUUAUCCGAAUGACGCCUAAUGACCUUUCAUUCUGCACCUCUCAAGCAUGGAAAGAUAUUUAUGGAUAUCGAAAAGGAGGUCAACAUCUCGAACGCGAUCCCCGGUUUUUCUACACAGAUCCGAGUAGAGCACAAAAUAUUAUUGGAUCAAACGAAGAGAACCAUGCCCGUUUGCGCAGAGUCAUGAUACAUGCCUUCUCCGACUCUGCUUUACAGGCCCAAGAGUCGCUCGUCACAGCGUACUGUGAUAAACUGGUCCAGAGACUUUAUUCCCAGAUGGAAGCGAAGCAAACGGUGGACAUGGCGUCUUGGCUGAAUUUCACGUCAUUUGAUAUCAUCGGUGAUCUCACAUUCGGAGAGAGUUUUGACGCCCUAGAAAAGGGAGAAGAGCAUUGGUGGAUGUCCACUAUCUUCAAUGGUUUUAAGAUGGGCGUUCUAGUGAGGACUGCGAAAGAAUAUAUGACAGCACCAUUUGGAACUUGGAGUUAUUCCGCGCUGGCCAAGCUUCCGGCUGUAGUGAAAGCUCAGGCUAGGUUUCGAAGUUUCAUUCGAGAUAAAACUUUGAGUCGGUUGUCGAUGGUGGAAGAUCGUCAAGAUCUCAUGGGAGCUAUUUUGCGUCACAAUGAUAAAAAGGGCUUAUCACAAAGCGAACUCGCGACAAAUGCUGGAUGUCUUAUAAUUGCAGGAAGCGAGAGCACUGCCACCCUUCUCAGUGGCCUCAUCUUCUACCUACACUCAACACCUCACGCACUGGCACUACUCCAACAAGAGAUUCGCCAAGUGUUUACUUCUCCGGACGCCAUGAACUUCGAGUCAGUGUCAAAACUGCCUUACCUCCAGGCAUGUAUCCAAGAGGCACUGCGUCUAUAUCCUCCUAUACCAUGUGGACUCCCUCGCCAGGUGCCAGUGGGUGGAAUGAUUAUCGAUGGAAGAUUUGUGCCUGGCAAUGCUAGCGUCAGUGUGCAUCAACUCAGUACCGGCAGAUACAGUCGCAAUUUCAAAGACCCCUUAAGAUUCGUUCCUGAGCGUUGGCUGGAGAAUACACAAAAUGCUGUUCAGAACUCAACAAUGAGCUUGAAUACCGACUCAAAAUGCCCUCCAAAGGACGUUACUACCAGUUUGUACGCCAAUGAUGACUUUGCAGCAUCUCAGCCUUUCGCGCUUGGUUCUCGUGGCUGCCUUGGCAAGAAUCUGGCUUUCGCAGAGAUGCGGUCAAUUAUGUGUCGGCUCAUCUGGAAUUUUGACAUGGAACUGCAGCCCGAUUCGCUAGAGUGGGACCGGCAGAAAGUCUAUGUAUUGUGGAGUAAACCACCAUUGAAUGUCAAAUUGACCGCACGCAAAAAGGAUGAAUCGAGAUGA